UGAGGGGGUAGGACAUCCCUGACCGACCUGCACCGACUCCGUACCGCUCAGCGGCAGUAAUGCAGCGUUUCCCUCCCCAGCCGCGGCGAAACACGGAGCAGAAGAAGGAGGCCGACGGCAGGCUGUGAACACUGCGGUACAUGCGACCGUACAGCCGCUCUCUUCAGCCUGUGCUCGUUUUUCUUCCACAGCGGCGACGACACGGAGGAAGACGAGGCAUCUGUGUUUGGGGUUUGAAGUGGCGGACGAGAUUUAAACGUAUCCUGAAUUCACGGCUUCCCGUUGAGGCCAUCAGUUCAGCGUGUGGUAAAUAGCUGCUGUCCCACAGAGUUCUCUGCAGAACGAUUUUUCCGGUCACAGACUGCACGGCAGCCAGAGGUGCAGCGGGUGCGAGGCUGCUCUCGGGUCAGAGCAAACCCGUGGCCAUGGAUGUGGAUGAGGAAGAGAAUAUGAGUUCAAGCAGCACCGACGUAAAGGAAAACCGAAACCUGGACAACGUGUCCUGCAAAGACGGGGUGGGAGUGGCUGAACAGCUCCCCAAUGGCAGUGGCCUGGGCAGUCGAAAGCGACCGCUAGAAGAGGGAAACAAUGGCCACACGCAUUCCAAGUUCCGGGCUAAGAAGCGCAAGAAAACACCGGGCCCGGUCCUGCCCAAGAACGCUCUGAUGCAGCUGAAUGAAAUCAAACCAGGUCUACAGUACAAACUGCUGUCUCAGACAGGCCCGGUGCAUGCGCCAGUGUUUGUCAUGACCGUGGAGGUCAAUGGACAGAUGUUUGAAGGCAUGGGCCCAACAAAGAAGAAGGCUAAGCUAAACGCAGCUGAGAAAGCGCUGCGUUCCUUCGUCCAGUUCCCCAAUGCUUCAGAGGCGCAUUUGGCCAUGGGCCGAACGCUGACAGUGAACACAGACUUUACAUCUGAUCAAGCUGACUUCCCCGACAUGCUCUUCAACGGCUUUGAGACGCCAGCCGCGCCGGAAGAAUCCUUCUAUCUGGGCUCCAACGGUAGCAGCUCCCUAAAUUCACUAGGGGAGUAUCCACUGCCCACACCACCUGGCAGUACCCUUGUCCAGCCCCCAUUGCCCCCUCCAUCUGCAUUCAGCUCGCCCUCCAGUGGCAAAAACCCAGUCAUGAUCCUCAAUGAGCUUAGGCCGGGUCUCAAAUAUGACUUUGUCUCAGAGAGCGGUGAGAGUCACGCCAAGAAUUUUGUGAUGUCAGUAACAGUGGAUUCACAGACAUUUGAAGGAUCAGGGCGCAACAAGAAGCUGGCUAAAGCCCGGGCAGCGCAAGCCGCCCUGUCUGCACUGUUCAACAUGCAGCUAGACCAGACACCAUCUCGGCAACCCAUACCAAGAGAGGGAUUGCAGCUUCACCUACCCCAGGUUCUGGCUGAUGCGGUCUCUCGCCUGGUUGUGGAUAAGUUCAGUGAGCUGACAGACAACUUUACGUCCCCGCAUGCACGGCGAAAAGUGCUGGCAGGCGUCGUCAUGACAACAGGCACAGAUGUGAAGGAAGCACAGGUCAUUUGUGUCUCCACGGGAACCAAAUGCAUCAACGGUGAGUACAUGAGUGACCGCGGCCUGGCACUCAAUGACUGCCACGCUGAGAUAAUUGCCCGACGCUCGCUCAUCAGGUACCUCUACACUCAGCUGGAGUUCUUCCUCAGCAACAACAAGGAGGACUACCACAAAUCAAUAUUUGUGCUGUGUGACAAGGGAGGCUACAGGUUAAAGGAUAACGUUCAGUUCCACCUCUACAUCAGCACCUCUCCCUGUGGAGAUGCCAGGAUUUUCUCUCCACACGAGGCCGGAGUGGAAGACCAAGGAGACAGACAUCCUAACCGGAAAGCGCGGGGUCAGCUGAGGACCAAAAUCGAGUCCGGGGAGGGCACCAUCCCUGUAAGGUCCAGCAACACCAUCCAGACCUGGGACGGUGUUCUUCAAGGGGAGCGAUUACUCACCAUGUCCUGCAGUGACAAGAUUGCGAGGUGGAACGUGGUGGGCAUCCAGGGCUCCUUGAUGAGCUACUUCACAGAGCCAAUCUACUUCUCCAGCAUCAUCCUGGGCAGCCUUUACCAUGCUGACCACCUCUCCAGGGCCAUGUACCAGCGCAUCGCAGAUAUCGAAGACCUGCCCCAGCAGUUCACCCUCAACAGGCCUCUUCUCAGCGGUAUAAGUAAUGCUGAAGCCAGGCAGCCAGGCAAGGCACCAAACUUCAGUGUGAACUGGACGGUGGGUGACCAGGGCCUGGAGGUGAUCAACGCAACCACGGGCAAGGACGACAUGGGCCGCGCCUCACGGCUCUGCAAACACGCACUCUACAGCCGCUGGGUGCGCCUUCACUCCAAGCUGUCGUCCAUCUUGCGGAUCAAGGUGUCGAAGCCGAGCUCCUACCACGAAGCAAAGCAGGCGGCCACAGAGUACCACUCUGCCAAGCAGGCGCUCAUCAAGGCCUUCCACAAGGCCGGCUUGGGGGCUUGGGUCAAAAAGCCCAUCGAGCAAGACCAGUUCACCCUCAGCUCCUGAGGGAGUCGAGGGAUUCCUUAACCACCCCCUCCUCUUUCCCUGACCCAGGCCUGAGAGAGCCCCCGUAUUAACAAGCAGACACUUACUUCUGUCCCAUGUGUCAGCACGCACGUGCACUUUGUAUUUGUGGAAAUGAACGUGCGCAGUUUCACAAACCAUCCGUAACUCAUCAUUCUCAUUCCUCAGAGGACAUCAGCCUCGUGUCUUUGAUUUAACUUUUUACUUUGAUUUUACUGGACGCUCCGUUCCAUUGAAUUAUUUUCUGUGUAAAACUGGAAUCCAUGUUUUGUUUUUUCGUUUAACACGCACCCAUUUGUUUCCCAGAGAAAUCAUGUUCUUAUGGCGUAGAUGUGGAAGCUGAAAUUAUACCGUUCUGUCUUGUUGAUCAAUGAGUGUAGCUAAUUUAGGUCGGAAUGUAGCCUAGAAACGGGAUCUUUGUUGACUAAAACCAAUGUAUAUGGACCUAAAACAAUAUAUAUCUUUGCUAAAAUUAAUGACACUGACAAAUUUUAAUUUAAUUAUGCAUAAAUCUUCAAGAUGUAAAUCUAGUACUGAGAAAAACAUAAGAGUUGUAACGUUUAAUGUGUGUUAUUUGGUCCGUUCCUUAGCUGAGACUACGUGUUCUUAUCCUCUGGAUUAAAGAUACAAAUGUUACAAAAUGUUGUCGCCCUGUUUGAGUCACUGACUGGAAAGAGUUUAUAAGGCAGGUGUGACAGCGUCGUAGCGCUCUUUCCUUUGUUUUUAUGUCGUGUUCAUUCAUCUGUGCGUAUGAUUUUUAAGUUAUUUUAUGUCACUCUCAUUUCAUACUUGAACAGAUGCGAGGGAGGGGUGAGGGUCACGUUGACUGCCCCCCCCCCC